CCACCCCCCCCUUCCCUGUCACCUCUCUCGAUUAUUACAGAUUCUAAUCAUCAUCACAACAACUCUCUUACCAAGAGAUCCAACAAUGGACCCAGACCCGAAAACCCACCCGAUUCUCUCUUACGUCAUGGCCCGCCUUCCCUCUCUCGGACACAAAUCCCCUGGCCCCUCCUUCGACAUCGAGCAACCACCACAGCCAUCACAACCACCACCACUGUCUCUAUUUCCUCAAUUAUCCGACCCGGCCCUCCUAUCUUCAAUGAGACGGGCUGUUGGCGAUGUUGCCCAAACCCGAUCGGUGCUCCAUACCCUAGGCCCCCGGCCCGACCAUGAAACCGUGGACACAGCGAAACUCAAACUCAGUGAAAUCGAGUCCAAUUUAUCGAAGCAAUUGGAGGAUCUUGUGCUUUCUCCGCGGCCAUGUGAGAUUGAUAGGUUAGAGUGGAGGGCGCAUUUGGCUGAGAAAGAGAAGAAGAUUCGAGAAGAGGCGGAGAAAGAGAUAGGGUUUUAUAAAAUGGUAUUGCAAUUGGAUGAAAUGCACAAGGAUUAUGAGAAGUUGUUGAAGGAAGCGGAGGAUAAGUUGGUGAAAAUUUAUAGGAUGGCGGAGCGAGGAGUGGAGGAAGAUAAGGAGGUGGAAGGAGUGGAGGUGGAGGAGGAGGUGGAGGUGACUGAGGAGGUUGUGGGAGUGUUGAGAGAGGGGAGCUCGAAAGGGAUCGAAAGAGUGGAUUUGUCGAAUCGGAGACUGAGGUUCUUACCUGAGGGAUUUGGGAGGGUUGUGGGGUUGAAAGUGCUUAAUCUUUCCAAUAAUCAACUUCAGGUCAUUCCUGAUUCAAUAACUGGGUUAGAAAUUCUUGAGGAGCUCAAUCUUGCUUCAAAUCUCUUAGAAGCACUGCCAGAUUCAAUUGGAUUACUGCAGAACUUGAAAAUCCUGGAUGUCUCUAGCAACAAGAUAGAGGUCUUGCCUGACACCAUUUGUCAUUGCAGGUCGUUGCUGGAAUUGGAUGUGAGCUUCAAUUGCCUGACAUACUUGCCGACUAAUAUUGGACAAAUGUCAAAUCUUCAGAGGCUUUCGAUCCAGCUGAACAAGAUUUUUUCUCUUCCCACAUCUAUUGGUGAGAUGAGAUCUCUGCGCCACCUGGAUGCUCAUUUCAAUGAGCUUCGUGGCCUUCCCCUUGCUAUUGGGAAAUUGACAAAUCUUGAGAUCCUCAAUUUGAGCGGUAAUUUCAGUGACCUGAAAGAACUCCCUGAAACUUUUGGUGAUUUGACAAACCUCAAGGAACUUGAUCUCAGCAACAACCAGAUUUCUGCCUUGCCUGAUUCAUUUGGUCGGCUGGAUAAUUUGACCAAGCUCAACUUGGACCAAAAUCCCCUUGUAAUUCCACCGCCAGAAGUUAUCAAGGAAGGGGUCGAGGCUGUGAAGAUUUUUAUGGCUAAGAGGUGGAUUGACAUACUGGUGGAGGAAGAAAGGAAGAGCAUGCAUGAAGUACAAGAACAAGCACAGACUGGAUGGUUGACGCUCAGCACCUCAUGGUUGAAAACUUAUGCUGCUGGUGUUUCUGCUACUGUUUCAGGAUUCUUAAGUCCGAGAGUUCCUAGAGAUCCUUAUCUUGAUCAACAGCUAUGACUUCCCAGUCUCUGAUAUUUCAAGAUCCAUUUCUUCUUGAUAGCAUGUACAUUUGAUAUGAUUGAUGAGAUGGAUUUCUUCUGCUUGCAGUUUCUUUUGAAGCUGCAACGAUGCCAACUAGAAAGAGCUGCAAGUUCAGCAAAUUUUGCUCUUCGUCCAGACAGUCCUAUUCUGGUUUUGCCAGACAAUAAACAGCAACUGUGCCAUUAAAAAACAGCUCGGGCAGAGAGCAGGACUCCACCCUCAUGCAGGUUUAAAACCCUCAAGGCCUAGAUCAUUCCUGUAUAGAUCAGUGAAAAUAGAACAAUAAAAUUAAGUCCAGAAAAUCAAACAAUUAAGGUGUUGGUAAACAAUACGAUUGUGUAGAUUAUUUACUGGAAUACUCUUGAUAACGAAGGUGGUGUCAGCUGUAUCUGGUCCGGAGGUCGUGUGAAAGAAUUUAUAAGUUUGUGAACGUUUGUAUGAACAACAUGCAUGUUGUUUGCGUUAUAACAAGGAUAGGUGGGUAGAAGCAGGUUUACAACGCAGUUGAAGCAUGGGUAGCAACCCACAAUGAAUUUUUUUUUUUUU